AUGGGAUAAUAAAUAUCAAAGUUAUGCUAAUAUUUUAGAAGUAAAGACUCUAAAGUUUAUCAACAAAAAGACUCUGGAUCAAUCUCAUAAAAUAAAUCAAAGAUAAUUGUAUAAAACAAUUCUGAUGACUAUGACUCAGAAUAUGAAUAACAUAUACAUCAUAUUCCAAAGUCUUAAAAAAUUAAAUGGAAAAAAGGAUAAUUGAUUGGAUAAGGCUCGUUUGGAAGAGUAUAUCAAUGUAUGGAUAUCAAUUCUGGGAGAAUUUUAGCUGUAAAACAAAUUGAAUUAGGUUAUGUAGAUAAAGAAAGUUUGCAAUCGUUUCAUUAAGAAAUCUUAAUACUUAGUUAACUUAAACACAAAAAUAUUGUUGAAUAUUAUGGUUGUGAAGAAGACAAUCAAAAUUUGAAUAUUCUACUAGAAUUCGUUGGAGGUAUACUUAUUUUAUAAUCUAUUUUCUAGGUGGUUCCAUUGCUCAAAUGAUGCGUAAAUUCAAAUCUAAACUUUCUGAAUCAAUUAUAUAGAAAUAUGUUACUGAUAUUCUUCAAGGUUUAGUUUAUUUACACCAUAAAGGAAUCAUACAUAGAGAUAUUAAAGGUGCUAAUAUUAUUGUGGAUACAAAAGGUGUAUGUAAACUGGCAGAUUUUGGUUGUAGUAUCAUUGGAAAAAGUUCAUAUUCUUUAAAAGGUACUCCGAAUUGGAUGGCUCCAGAAGUAAUUAAUUAAUAAGAGACUGGAAGAUAUUCUGAUAUUUGGAGUCUAGGUUGUACUAUUAUAGAAAUGCUAACAAGUGAACCACCAUGGGGAUAAUUCUAAUCUCCUAUGCAAGCUUUAUUAACCAUAUCUUCUAAAUAAUGUUCUCCUUCAAUUCCUCAAAAUACUUCUGAUCAACUUAAAGAUUUUUUAAAUAAAUGUCUUUAAUUUGAUCAUAAGAAACGUUGGCAAGCUCGAAAAUUAUUAAAACAUCCUUUUAUAAUAAAUUAUAAGAAAAGACCUUCUAAAGGCGAAUAAUUUUUAUAGCUAGAUAGAACUUUCGAAGAAAAGAAUGACUUUAAUUUAUAUGUUGCUCCUCGCAUCAUUAAUGUACCAAAAGAACUAGAAUAAUUAGAUAAAGAAUAGAAUCCUAUGUUUUAAUCAAUUUAAUCUUCUGGACUUCAUGAUGAAAACCAAGAUCUUAAAUUUUGA